AUGCGUGAGAUUGUUCACCUCCAGACCGGCCAGUGUGGUAACCAAAUUGGUGCUGCUUUCUGGCAGACCAUCUCCGGUGAGCACGGCCUCGAUGGCUCCGGUGUUUACAAUGGUACCUCCGACCUCCAGCUCGAGCGUAUGAACGUCUACUUCAACGAGGCCAGCGGUAACAAGUACGUUCCCCGUGCCGUCCUCGUCGAUCUCGAGCCCGGUACUAUGGACGCCGUCCGUGCCGGUCCCUUCGGCGAGCUCUUCCGUCCCGACAACUUCGUUUUCGGUCAGUCCGGUGCUGGUAACAACUGGGCCAAGGGUCACUACACUGAGGGUGCCGAACUUGUCGACAACGUUGUCGAUGUUGUCCGUCGUGAGGCUGAGGGUUGCGACUGCCUCCAGGGUUUCCAGAUUACCCACUCUCUCGGUGGUGGUACCGGUGCCGGUAUGGGUACCCUCCUGAUCUCCAAGAUCCGUGAGGAGUUCCCCGACCGUAUGAUGGCCACUUUCUCCGUCGUUCCCUCCCCCAAGGUUUCCGACACUGUUGUUGAGCCUUACAACGCCACUCUUUCCGUUCACCAGCUCGUUGAGCACUCUGACGAGACCUUCUGUAUCGAUAACGAGGCUCUCUACGAUAUCUGCAUGCGCACCCUCAAGCUCUCCAACCCCUCCUACGGUGACCUGAACCACCUCGUCUCCGCUGUCAUGUCCGGUGUCACCACUUGCCUUCGUUUCCCUGGUCAGCUCAACUCUGACCUCCGCAAGCUGGCUGUCAACAUGGUUCCCUUCCCUCGUCUGCACUUCUUCAUGGUCGGCUUCGCUCCUCUGACCAGCCGUGGCGCCUACUCCUUCCGCGCCGUCUCCGUUCCCGAGUUGACCCAGCAGAUGUUCGACCCCAAGAACAUGAUGGCUGCUUCCGACUUCCGCAACGGUCGCUACCUCACCUGCUCCGCUAUCUUCCGUGGAAAGGUCUCCAUGAAGGAGGUUGAGGACCAGAUGCGCAACAUCCAGAGCAAGAACCAGUCCUACUUCGUCGAGUGGAUCCCCAACAACAUCCAGACCGCUCUCUGCUCUAUUCCUCCCCGCGGCCUUAAGAUGUCCUCCACCUUCAUUGGAAACUCCACCUCUAUCCAGGAGCUCUUCAAGCGUGUUGGUGAUCAGUUCACUGCUAUGUUCCGUCGCAAGGCUUUCUUGCAUUGGUACACUGGUGAGGGUAUGGACGAGAUGGAGUUCACUGAGGCUGAGAGCAACAUGAACGAUCUCGUUUCCGAGUACCAGCAGUACCAGGACGCCUCCAUCUCCGAAGGCGAGGAGGAGUACGCCGAGGAGGAGAUGAUGGAGGGUGAGGAAUGA